AUGCCGCCUUCUACCGAUCCGCUGCAGAAUCCGCUACGAGCUGUCAUUACGAGCUUCACUUGCUCGCGCUGUGGAAGAUUCGAUACAUCAGGCCAGGGCUCACCGCUCAUCUGUCGUCGCUGCCUGGAAUCGGAAGCGAGUACCGCCCCGUCCCUGCAGUAUGCCUACACGAGCCUCAUCUAUGGUGGCACGAUGCCGCACAUCAUGGGGUACGUCAUGGGAGCGUUGGCAUUAGGUUCGAGCCUUGCACGAAGCGGAAGCAAGCACAAGCGCGUGUUGCUGCACACGGACAACGUGCCUGCGGAAGCGCUGCGGCUGCUGGGACAGAUCUGGGAGCUACAGCAGGUGUCUUACAUCAUAUCCGCUGGGGACCUACAUGUAUCAAGCGACAAGGCAAAAUUCCGAGAAGUGUUUACAAAGCUGCAUGCUUUCAAUCCGGAGGUGCUCCCUUUCGACAAGGUUGUUUUUCUGGAUCUGGAUAUGAUUGUGUUGCGCAACAUCGACGAGCUUUUCGAGCUGCGCACGCCUGCAGCCAUGAGCACAGCCAAACACAGUAGUUUCGAUGAUUCUGAAUGUUUACAUGGCCAGCGGCUGUCUGUAAAGAUGUGUUACAUCAAUGCUGGCACGAUGGUCCUCUCGCCUUCGAGAGAGCUCUUCGAGCUGCUUUUAGCGGACGUCCUACAGCCGGAUCCCCAAUGGCACGUUCAAGCAUGGUCUCCAGAGCAGAAGUACCUUUCGAACGUGAUGUGCGGCGAGUGGAGCCACGUGAGCCAGCUCUACAACUUUGAGGUGCAGUUGCACUCAGGUGUGCCCUUGACACAAGUUUGGCAGAAGACGCACGUGCCCGACAUCGCUGUCGCACAUUUCUCAGGAGCGGAGAAGGUUUGGGACACAGAGCCUGACAAGGAGCUGCCCAUACUCAGCAACACCUUCGCACGGAACUUGUUGGCAUCACUGUCGCCGGCUGUCCAACAGCUGGCAGUGGGUCGGUGCAAGCUGCUACAUGCAGAGUGGCAUGUGAACUACGCGCUUGCACUGCAGAGCUGCAGAGCCACACUUUCGCCUUCCGAGCUCCAGGGUUGGAACCCUGCAUGGCGGUCGCUUCUUGCCAGGGGCACGGGACAGGAGGAAGUACACGAGGACAUGAAGGGAACAGGCUGGUGCCCGGGAGACUCCCUGGCCGUAGAGGAGCCAGGAACAACAGGUACCAACGCCUCAAUUUUCCACUUGGCGACGGUGCUGCGGCCAAAGGGCGGCUUGCUUGUGCUUUAUCGGAAGCAUGCCAAAGCUAGCCUCGGGUACCAAAUUGAAGGCCGGAUAGAGCAGAUCGAAUCCAAGCAAGCACUGGACCUCACUUUGCCCGGUAAAGGGGAGGACGACUUCGGCUUGGGGCUCAAGGCUGCUGUGUGGCUCGGCGAUGGUCACAUGCAGGGUAUGGUCGUGGCGUGUCGUGGCAGUGAGCGGCUGCUGCAAAUUGGAUCACACUGGACUUGGAUGCCUGUUGGCUCCCUGAUGCCAUGCACAGCAGCUCAGGCAGACUUUGCAGAUUUGCAGUACUGA